AUGCUGUUAGGCAGCGGAGUUUUCUUUUCUUUACUAUCAUCAGGCAAAAUCGAACUAAAUAAAUUUGGUCUUAUCUUACAACAAACUAAAUUAGGUUGGAUAUUAGCCGGUCCAUUACAAAUUCCCGAGUCAAACUCUUCUGAAAUAGUCUCUUGUUCUAAUGUAGCUUCCAAUUGUCUUUUUACGCAAAAUGAUAAACUUCUAAACGAACAAUUAGAGCGUUUUUGGCAAAUUGAAGAUCUGUCAUCUGAUAAUACUAAGUUGUCAAAUGAAGAACUUGAUAGUGAAAUACAUUUUCGAAAACAUUUUGAACAGGACACUACCGGUCGUUACACAGUACAACUUCCGUUGAAGAGCAAUCAUACUGAAUUAGGUGAAUCAGUAAGCACAGCAAUCCAGCGUUUAAAGCACCUGGAAAGUAAGUUAGCACGCAAUGAUGACUUACGUAAACAAUAUCAUGAAUUACUGCAAGAAUACGAAGACUUGGGUCAUAUGUCAAGAGUUAAUAUCGAAUUGGAUAAAUCCAAUGAAAUACAUAAUUAUUUACCACAUCACGCGGUAGUAAAAGAAGAUAGUAGUACUACACGUGUAAGAGUAGUUUUUGAUGCAUCAUCUAAAACGGCAUCAGGGUUGUCUUUGAAUGAUGUGAUGAUGAUAGGUCCUGCUGUUCAGAGAAACUUGUUUGAUAUUUUAGUACACUUACGCAUAUUUAAUGUAGUCAUUACAGCGGACGUUGCAAAAAUGUACCGACAAAUAUUUCUCCAUGAAUCGCAGCGCAAUCUACAAAGAAUUGUAUGGCGCAAAGAACCAUCGGAAGAAAUUAAACAUUAUCAGUUGAAUACAAUUACUUAUGGAACAGCUAGCGCUUCCUUUCUAGCCACACGUACUCUACAUCAAAUUGGGCUUAAUUGCAAGAACACUGAGCCUAUAGUUAGUGAUGCAAUUUUAAAUAAUUUUUAUAUGGACGACUUAAUUUGCGGAGCAUCCACCAUUGAAGACGCUAUAGAGCUAAAAUCAGGACUGGAAAGAGUUUUGUCGAAUUCAGGCUUAACGCUGAGGAAAUGGCGAUCAAAUAAACAAGAAGUUCUUAAUACAAGUUUAAAUAAAGAGUCAGAAAAUGAAAGCCAAUCUCAGUACGUGAUAUCAUCAGAUAUGAAAAGAAAAACAUUAGGUAUAUAUUGGGAUACAAAAACUGAUAUAUUUCAGUAUCUUAUAACAUAUAAAGACUUAAAGAAACCAAUUACAAAAAAGGUUAUACUAUCUACAAUAGCCACUAUUUUCGACCCACUGGGUCUCAUAUGCCCAUGCAUUAUAAGAGGCAAAUUAUUCCUACAACGGCUCUGGCAAUUAAAAAUAGACUGGAAUGAAGAAAUUCCUGGCGAUUUUCAAGACAUUUGGAGAGAUUUUAUCGAUACCCUGACAGACAUAAAUAAAAUACAGAUUCCGAGACAUGUUAUACUGACCAAACCGUCAAGGUUAUAUUUACAUGGAUUUUCUGAUGGAUCAGAAGUAGCGUACGGUGCUUGCAUUUACAUUGUGUCGACCGAUGACAGUGGUCAUAGUUUAUCAAAUUUAAUAUGUUCUAAAUCACGUGUUUCACCGAUUAAAACCAUAUCUUUACCGAGAUUAGAACUAUGUGCAGCGUUAUUGUUAGCUCAAUUAAUGAACACGGUUCGACAAGCUUGA